AUGUCGGCUAUUACUAGUCAUCUCAUGCGUCGUGGCACUGAGGCUGCUAUGAGCAGCUUCCAGGUGCCUUCCGACAAGAAGACCAGUCAGCCUAAUGGAGGCUUGGUCGCACUCUUUUUCAUCACCGUUGUCGUGAUUAGUCUCAUUUUCUGGAGUGUUGAAUACACUUAUGGAAUGGUGAUCGCCACUCUAGCCGCGGUCGAAGAUACAAACCCAGAUAUCUAUGUGCGGAUUGCUUCCAAUCCCGACCCGAUCAAGCCGCACGAUGAAGAAGAUGCCGAGUUAGCCACUCCUACCCCUCCCAAGCCUAUCACCAGCAAGCUGCGCACUGCCGUGAAGCACCUGCGCUCCCGCGCCGGCUUCUGGUCCCGGUUCCGUGGAAUGGCCAUGUUCAUGGCCUACUCUGGUGUUAUUGGAUUCCUGUCUUCGCUUAUUCCUAUUUCCACUACUUCCUUUUUGGGCCAUGUCUUCGUCCAAUCUUUCCUGAGCGUGCUCCUGGCUACUUGGCAGAUGGCUUGGGUUCAUAUCGUUAUCUCCGAACCCUCUCCUAAGCGCUUCUACCAGCGCAUCCCAAGCUACAAGACUUGGAUUAAAAUUGCCCCGGCUGCUGCCCUCCAGGAUGUUCUCACUGCCGCUGCUUUCUUCCUGCCUAUGUCUCUUGCCAGCUUUGCUGGCUGGUUCGAUAGCGCCAGUGACGAUGUUCCUCCUAUGGUCGCCUUGUACCGCUUCAUGGGAGUUACUGUCAUUCCUGCUAUCGUGGCAUUCGUGAUCUCCAUACCUGCUCGUGUUAUCUUCGUUCGUGUAGCUGCUUCCAUGCUUCCCGAGGAGGAUGAGACUAUCGUGCCCUUCGACCGCUCUUUCGGUGGUAAAGUUAGCCCUGCUAUCACCGGUGGCAGUGGCAAGAUCGGUCUCAUGGAUGCUUGGACUACCUUUGACUGGGCUGCCCGUGUCCGUUUCGCUAAGGUUGUUGGUAAGACCCUUGCCAUUGAGGUGGCGGUUGGUGUUCUUGCCGCCUUGUUGCUCGGUGGUCAAGUCAUCCUGAUGUUUAAGACUGCCAAACCUUCCGAAUCCGGUGCCCCUGGAUUCCAAAUCAGCUGGGAGUAA